UUUUAGGCGGCCAGGUGGAAAUUUGCAUUUUAAAAUUGUAAUAUUUUAUUUUCAAGUCGGCCAUUAUGCAAAGCCCCAGAAAUCACUAAAAAAUACCACAAAAAUAUACCGAAUCCGGGUCAACAGGGGUAUUUCCCUCAUGAAAGUCAAAGAUGUAUUUGGAAAUGUGGUAGAGUUGCCAUCGUAUUUUUUCUAGGCGGGCAAUUUGAAAACACGAGCGGAGCAAAUCGGCGUGCUCUUGCUUGAUGAUCUGACUCACACACAUUUACUAGCUACUGGCCACUCAUUCAGAGUGCAAUGGACAAGUGUUGGGAACUGGCGCUGGUGGCCGAGACCCGAAGCGAUUAGAUAGAUCAGUUCUCCGUGAAACUUGGCUGCCAUCGGUCGCGGACGCAAUAACGGUAUCCAGAUCAGUGUAAAAGGGAGAAGGGUGCGCGACGGGGGCGAACCUGAGACAUUAGCACAGUGCGAAGAAAUCACCAGAUAUCCAGAUAUUUGAACAAAUAAACAAAACGCGCGAGUGCACAAGUGCCCGCAAUAUCUCACUAAUUUGGAGCUGAACAGAUUCAGAGUGUCCGCACAGAUUGGCCGGGGGAUAAUUAUUUCCGUGCCAUGAAUUAUUGGCGAUCUCGGCGUCCAAGUAAUUGACCCUCUUAAGAGGGCGGAUUGUAUCGGAUCCGAUCGGCAGCCGGAGCCAGCUGAACAGCCUCUCGUUUUUGGACGCAACCAAAGUUUAUUAUUAUUUGGGCUACGGGAGUGUAAACAAAUAACCGCAGACAGAAGUGGCGGCGCAAAGAUGGAGAACGUGCGCUUUUCGAUUAUUGAAAAUGACCUAAAGUGGAAUUCGGAGAGCGACCAGGCGGCGGAUGAGGACCUACUCUUAGACAAGCGAAGCAUUUCCAGUGAGGCCAAUAGCGCCGGGGUCUUCAGCGAUGAGGCGCACGAGAUCUUCGCCCGCCAGCAGCAGAAUCAGAUUCUCUGGGAGCUCGACGAGAUUGAGGAAACUCUGACCGCGGCGCCGGGUGGCAAGCACGUCCUGGAAAUGGUCCGGUCUGGCUGUUUCCUGGAACUGUUGGCCAACUCCGGGGACUGCAAUCUGGCCCUAAUCUGCUGCUCGGCAUUCGGGAGUGCAGAGAACAUCCUCUACCUGCUAAAGCACUACAACGCGGACCCUAACGUGGCCGACAGCCGGGGACGAACCCCCCUGCACUUCGCCUGCUGCCGCGCUAACGCCCCCAUAGCCAAAGUCCUUCUGGACCGCGGCGCCGACCCGAAUCGCUGGGAUGCUAGGAAGGAGGUCACGUCGCUACACUGUGCAGCAAGUUCCAAGAGCGUCGAGUGCAUUCUCCUUUUGCUGCGGCGCAAAGCAAACAUCAAUAUCGGCAUCGAGAAGCGUUCCGCGCUGCACUACGCCAUCGACGUCAACGCGGUGGACUGCGUUGAGGUCCUGCUAAAGUACGGUGCGGAUCCGAACACUCCCCAGGUCUAUACGGAGACGCCACUGCACACUGCCAGCGCCGCGGGAUUCGCUAAGUGCGUCCAGCUUCUCCUUAGCCACAAUGCCGACGUUCGAUCCCAGUUCGGCGAGGGAAAAGUUACGGCCCUGCACUUAGCUGCUGAAAACGACUACGUGGAGUGUGCUCGUCUGCUCCUGGAGCAUCGGGCCGAGGUGGACUGCCGAAAUGCCAGCCACCAGACGCCCUUGCACCUGGCUUGUCUUUCGCAGUCGAUCGGCACCGUAGACGUCCUCAUCUCGUACGGGGCCAAUGUGAAUGCCGCCUACCGGGACGGGAGAACAGCCCUUCACGCGGCCAUUGUUAAGCAGUCGCGGUGCCUGGACUGCUGCAACGCCCUGCUCAAGGCGGGAGCAGAUGUCAACAAGGCAGAUAACUAUGGGUAUACUCCGCUUCACAUCGCAGCACUUAAUGAAUUUAGCAGCUGUGUGUACACGUUCAUAGAGCACGGUGCGGAUAUAACCGCCAGGACCGACGGACACGUCUCGGCACUAUCGUUCAUAGUGCGGCGCACACCCGAGAUAAUACCUAAACUCAUGCAGAAACUGGACCGUUCGAUAAAGGCGAACGACCAUGAAAUCGGCGACGUAGACUGUCAGAUAAAGCUGGACUUCAGGCUUCUCGUACCCAGUUCAUCCAUGGAGCGUGGCGAAACGGAGCUGCUGCUCUCCCUGAUAGAGGUCGGGCAGAAGCGGAUCCUUAUGCACCCGCUGUGCGAGACGUUUCUCUUCCUUAAGUGGCGCCGCAUUCGCAAGUUCUUCCUUAUGAGCCUGGCUUACCACACUUUCUUCGUUCUGCUUUUCACGCUCUAUACGUGCUCAGUCUACGUGCGCUGCUGUAAGGAGGGAGAGGUGUGCGUGGCUCCGGGCUACGUGCCCACUACUGGGUACCUGGUGAUCAUUUUAAACCUCAUCCUGCUGGGCAAGGAGGUGUUCCAGAUGGCCCACGGUCUGCACGGCUACGCGAAGUACUGGGAGAACUGGCUGCAAUGGACCAUCGUCUUUGGCGUGCUUUUGUGUGUGUCUCCAGAGGUACUGCGAACUGGCGAUUUGCUAGCGGUGCCGGUGUGGCAGCAUCAUGUGGCCGCUGUUGUAAUUUUGCUGGUCUGGCUGGAGCUAAUGAUGUUGGUAGGGCGAUUCCCCAUAUUUGGCGUGUACGUCCAAAUGUUCACCAAAGUGGCCUUUAACUUUGCAAAAUUUCUGCUGGCUUACAUAUGCCUACUAGUAGCCUUUGGUCUCAGCUUUGCCGUGCUUUUCAAUGAUUAUCCUGCUUUUGAAAACAUCACGUGGUCUUUUCUGAAGUCCAUCACCAUGAUGUCCGGCGAGCUGGAGUUCGAGGACAUAUUCUAUGGGGACUAUGCCGUGAAGUUUCCUGUCACCGCUCACAUCAUAUUUCUAUCCUUCGUGCUGCUCGUCACAGUGAUCCUGACGAAUUUAAUGGUGGGAUUGGCCGUCAGCGACAUCCAAGGCCUACAAGUGAGCGCCACGCUGGAUCGAUUGGUGCGCCAGGCGGAGCUGGUGUCACGCCUAGAAAGUCUCUUCUUUUCGCGCCUGUUGAGAACCGCGCCCACCAACUUGAUUCAGCUCUGCAAGCGAAGUGCUCUUUUGCGCACCUCCCGUGACAAACUACAGUUUACUAUCCGUCCCAAUGACCCUCGCGACAAUCAGCUGCCCGAGGACAUCAAGCUGAACGUAUAUAAACUGGUGGCCGAGCGACGCGACAGAAACCAAAGCCUUCGGCGCCGCCAAUUCGAGAACAACUACAACUUCUUCAGCCGCAGCCUGCAGCGUCAGCAGGAACCGGUCCCGAGGGACUCCCUUCAGCCGGAUCCGGCCAUCGCGACCCCCAAGAAGGCGCCGCAGAACAUCUUUCACAUGCACGAGCUGCUGCGCCCCCGAUCCGCCACGAAUGUGCCCCAGCAAUUGCGCCAAGAGCAGGAGGGAACGGUCAAGAUGAAGAACCAAGCGAAUAUCCUAUGCGCCGUACAAGCCGAGGUGCAGGCGAUCAAGACGCAGCUGGGUGAAUUGGUGGCCAAAUUCGAGCGGUUUUCGGAAAACGCCACCCGCAAGCUGAACUACAGUGCCGAUGAACUAUGCCGACUGAGACAGCAGGGUCAGUCGGUGGCCUCCAGUCAUAACCGUCACCAUCGCUAAAUCGUGUCCCCUGUUAGUUUUAUUACUAUUAACAAUUAAAGCACAUAACGAUUAA